AUGUUGGUUUGCUUCUGGAAUGUGAGAGGGAUUAAUAACCCUCUCAAGAAAUUUAAGGUGUUGAGGAGGUUGGUUACUUUGGAAGCUGAUGUUGUGUGUCUUUUGGAAACUAGGAUUAGGAGGAUCAAUGCUGGUAAGUUCAUCUCUGUUUUUUCCAAUGACUGGAAUAUGGUUGAAAAUUAUGAGUCUAUUGAUGGCGGCAGAAUUUGGGUUUUGUGGAAGAAACAGUGGUCUUUUACUGUCUUCAGGGUGAGUGAUCAAUCCCUAACUAUAGGUGGUAGUGUCAAUAGUCAUAGGACUCUGAUCACUGCUGUUUACGGCAGUAAUAGUAGGACAUCCAGGAGAGGGUUAUGGGAUCAACUAAAAUACAUGGAAAGUGAGGUUGGCUCUUCUCUAUGGGUGGUUGGAGGAGAUUUUAAUGUUAUCCUCAGAGCUGAGGAGAGCUCUGAUUUUGAGACCCUUGGUGUCUACAACUCCCCUGAUAUAGAGGAUUUCCAAGGCUGCCUGGAGGACUUAGAUCUUUUGGACUACCCUUUCCUUGGUCUUUCAUUCACUUGGACUAAUAAAAAGGAUGUGGGAUUCUUGGCUCGCAAGUUGGAUAGAAUUUUGGUUAAUCCUGUUUGGUUUUCUGUUUUCCCUUAUUCUUUUGCUGAAUUUAAGGCACAGGGUGUUUUUGACCAUUGUCUUGGAGUGAUUUGGACUCAAAGGGGUGCCUUGGCUAGGAGACCGAAGCCAUUCAAAAUUUUUAAGUAUUGGACCUCAAGUGAAGACUUCUUAAGUAUUGUAAAAGUCUUGUACUCUGAUAUUUCAAAAAGAGUUCUUUGCAAAAGAGCUGAGCUGGAAAUGAUCCAACUAAGGAACUUGAGCCAUGCUGAUCUGAGGAACAUUGAUGAGGAGAGAACUGUUCAUGUUUGGUGGAUCUGGAGGUUGCAGAAUUUGAUUUUUAUAGACAGAGGGCAAAGAACUGAGAAUGGGCAGUUUUUGGACUCAUUUUAUGACAUGGCUGCUGAGUUAGUGUAUUUCUUCACUAAUCUCAUUGGGAUAGCUGAUCCCUUGGUUAGAUGUCAUUCUGUGGUAGAUUUGAGGGGUUUUUUAAACUUCUCCCUGGCUGCUGGUGCUGAAGAUAUGCUUACAAGGAAGGUUGAUGAUAAGGAAAUUAAGGAUGCAUUGUUUAGGCAAGGCAAUGGGAAAAGCCCUGGUCCUGAUGGUUACUCAUCUUGGUUUUUCAGUGUUGCAUGGGAAGUGGUUGGCACUGAUUUUUUAGCUGCAGGGAUGAAUAUUGUUGAUAACACUUUGCUAGCUCAGGAAAUAGUCAAAGGGUACUCUAAGAGCCUUUCUUCUAGGUGUGCCAUAAAGUUUGACUUGAAAAAAGCCUUUGAUUUUGUGAACUGGGAGUUUUUUAUGGAUGUUCUUGAGGCUAUGGGUUUGCCUUUGAAGUUUUGUAGUUGGAUAAAGGCUUGUGUCAUUCCUCCAAAUUUUCAGUCUCCUUGA